GCCGCUCGCCGCCGCCAUUUCCGCCGUGGGUCGCGGCGGCGCGGCCUGUCGCCAUGGCGCUCUUCCCGGCCUUCGCGGCCGUCGGCGAGGCUCCCGACGGCGGAAACUCCAGGAGAGAGCUGGACUGGCUGAGCAACCCCAGCUUCUGUGUCGGAAGAGCCGCGUCCCCGGGCCAGCCAGCCGAGGACACCACAGCCACCGCCUCCGACCGCUCGCCGCCGACAAGAAGUCCCGUGAAGUCCGAGUCCUCAGGUGACAGUGACGCUGACAGAAAGCGCAAACAGACCAGCAGAAAGAAGAAGAAAGAGAAGAAGCGGAAGAAGCAGCGCCAGCACCACAAGAGAGCCCGCAGCAGGCGCUCGGCCAGCAGCAGCAGCAGCAGCGACUCGGAGCCCCCCAGCGACUCCGGGAAGCCCAGGCAGGGAGCCUCGGCCGACCCCGGGCGGCGCCUUGUGUGGCUGGAGGACGCCCAGGCCCUGACCUCGGACACCUUCCGCACGGAUAAGAGGCCAGACCCCGCCAACUGGGAGUACAAGUCCCUCUACCGCGGCGACAUAGCCAGGUACAAGAGGAAAGGCGACUCGUGCCUGGGCCUGAACCCCAAGAAGCAGCGCGUGUCCUGGGAGGGGGCCCCCCGCCAGAAGAAGCCCGCUCACGCGCAGGGCGAGAGGUACUUCGCCAGGAGGAGCUUGGGCCUGCUGAGCGCGGCCGGCGUGGCCGUGCGCCCCCGCGCCCCGGAGCCCCCCGCCGCGGCCCCCGCCGCCUUCAUCCCCGUGGCGGACCCCGAGGAGGCGGCCCCACCCGUGACCUCCUGGUUGAACCCGCUGGGGAUCUACGAUCCAGCCACCACGCAGUGGCUGCAGGGACAGGGGGCCCCGUCAGAGCAGUCCCCGGCGGUGCCCGACGCCCCAGCAGACCCCGAGAGCACGGCACUCAGGGCUAAGGUGGAGGACUUCAACCGCAGGCUACGGGAGAGCCCGCGCGAUGUCCAGCUCUGGAUGGCCUUCGUGGAUUUCCAGGACGAGGCGAUGCGGCGGCCUGGGCUGUACGCGCUGGAGGCGGACGGGGAGCCCCGGCAGCGGGCGUCGCUGCGGCUGGUGUUGGAGAAGAAGCUGGCCGUCCUGGAGCGGGCGCUGGACAGCAACCAGGGCAGCGUGGAGUUGCAGCUGGCGCGCCUACGCGUGUGCGCCGAGCUCUGGGAGCCGGGCGCCCUGGCCAAGGAGUGGCAGAAGCUCCUCUUCCUGCACCCCAACGACGCGGCCCUCUGGCAGAAGUACCUGCUCUUCUGCCAGGGCCAGUUCAGCACCUUCACCGUGUCCAGGCUGCUGGGGGCCUACGGCAAGUGCCUGAGCACGCUGUCGGCCGUGCAGGACGGCAGCAUCCUGUCCCACCCUGCGCUGCCCGGCACCGAGGACGCCCUGUUUGGGCUCUUCCUUCAGCAGUGCCACUUCCUGCGCCAGGCUGGCCACACCGAGAAGGCUGUGUCCCUGUUCCAGGCUAUGGUGGACUUCACCUUCUUCAAGCCCGACAGCGUGAAGGAGCUGCCCACGCGGGGCCAGGUGGAGUUCUUCGAGCCCUUCUGGGACAGCGGCGAGCCCCGGGCCGGGGAGAAGGGCGCCCGUGGCUGGCGGGCGUGGAUGCACCAGCAGGAACGUGGCGGCUGGGUCAUCGUCACUCCAGAUGAGGAGGAGGACGAGGUGGACGACGAUGCCCCGGAGGUCCGAGACAGGACCCUGCCCCGCUGGCAGCUCUGGCUGGCGGCCGAGCGCUCCCGGGAGCAGAAGCACUGGCGCCCGUGGCGGCCUGAGAAGAGCAAGAAGCAGAGCGAGGACGACUGUGAGGACCCCGAGAGGCAGGUGCUGUUCGACGACAUCGGGCAGUCUCUGAUCCGCCUGACCAGGCCCGAGCUGCGCUUCCAGCUGGUCACUGCCUUCCUGCAGUUCCUGGGCGUGCCCUGCGGCGCCCGCCCGCCCGCCACCUGCCUGUCCCUGGCGCUGGACGAGGGCGACCUCUUUGACGGCAGCCUCUCUGACGAGCAGCCGCUGACGGCGCCCCAGCCGCCCUUCUCCGGCGUGGGCUGUGUGGGCUGCAGCGACCCGCUGGGCGGCCGGCGGGGGACCCGGGGCCACGGGCGGGAGGGCGAGGACUUCAUCCGCAACCUGCUCCACCUCCUGCUGCCGCUCUUCGCCGGCCCCGAGCGGGCUCAGCUCUGCCUCGCCUGGCUGCGCUACGAGGUGGCCAAGGUCCUCUGGUGCCUGCACACGAAGAACAAGAAGAGGUUGAAGUCCCGAGGGAAGAACUGCAAGAAGCUAGCCAAGAGUCUCCUCAAGGAGCCCGAGAACCGCAACAACUUCUGCCUGUGGCGGCUGUACGCGCACCUGGAGUGGCUGCUGGGGAACACGGAGGACGCGCGCAAGGUGUUCGAGGCGGCGCUGGGCGCGGCGGGCGGCCGGGCCCUGCAGGACGGUGGCGUCUGCGAGCUGGGCCUGCUCUACGCGCAGCUGGAGCUGGAGCUGGAGCUGGCAGGUGACUCCCGAGGCCCGGCCGCGGCCCGCGCCGUGCACAUCCUCACCCGGCUGACCGAGAGCGAGCCCGGCGCGCCCGCCCCCGGCCCGGCCUCCGCCGUCCCCGUCCUGAAGGCGCGCAAGGCGUACGAGCGCGCGCUGGAGGCCUGCCUGCCGGAGGAGGCCGCCAUCCGGGGCCGCCUGGCCAGCGUCGCCGGCUGCUUCAUGCUCUUCCAGUAUCUGACGGUGGGCAUCGAGGCGGCCGUGCGGGUCCACGACCAGGUGAAGGCGCAGCUAGAGGCCGCCGCUGGGGCCACCGCGGGCAGCGGCCCAGAGGAAGCGGCCAGCCCCGGGCGCCCCGGCCCCGUCCUCGAGGCGCUGGCGCUGCUGCACACGAACCUGCUUCGCUUCCACAUGCGGGUGGGCGUGUACCCGCUGGCGCCCCUGCGCGAAGCCCUGGCCGGGGCCCUGAGGCUCUACCCGGACAACCAGGGCCUCUGGCGCGCCUUCGUGCAGGUGCAGAACAAGACCCACAGCGCCAGCAGGACGCGAAGGUUCUUCGACGCCGUCACCAGGUCCACCAAAGCCCUGGAGCCCUGGCUGUUUGCCAUCGAGGCCGAGCAGAUGAGGAAGAGGCUGGUGGAGAUGGUGCAGAGGGUGGACGGCAGGGAGGUGCACGCCACCCUCCCUGAGAGCGGCCUGGUGCACCGCAUCCGGGGCCUGUUCGAGAGCGCCGUGCGGACAGAGGCCGGCGCCCAGUGCCCCCUGCUCUGGCGGAUGUACCUGAAGUUCCUGGUUUCCUUGGGGAAUAAGGAGAGAAGCAAAGGUGUGUUCUACAAAGCCCUGCAGAACUGCCCCUGGGCCAAGGCGCUGUACAUGGACGCGGUGGAGUACUUCCCCGACGAGCUGCAGGAGAUCCUGGACCUGAUGACCGAGAAGGAGCUGCGGGUGCGCCUGCCCCUGGAGGAACUGGAGCUCCUACUCGAGGACUAG